AUGAUUCCUAAGGAAGAUAAUCAGCAGGAGACCUGGGGGUUGCAUCUGGAGAGUCUGUCAAUGGACUCAAUUCUGCUGGUUAAGAGAUGCACCAAACCUGACAGAAAAGAAUUCCAGAAGAUUACCAUGGCCACAGCCAUAGGAUUUGCUAUCAUGGGAUUCAUUGGCUUCUUUGUGAAACUGAUCCACAUCCCUAUUAAUAACAUUGUUGUGGGUGGCUGACUGCUUUCUCUUCGUGGGAACUAGUGAACAAAUGAGAGUGUGAGCUCAUGAAGUAAAAAGUUGCCUGUAUACUUUGUGUUUUUCUUUCCUCCUCCCCAAGAGGUUUUCUAUUUCUAAAUUAAAAUAAUUACAAAAUAAACAUUUUUUCCAUA